AUCUCGGUGAACAGCCGCAGCACCCCCUUCCUGGCCAGUGGGGAGAGCGAAAUCUUGGACCUGGACAGUGAGAUGUACCUGGGGGGUCUCCCGGAGAACCGCCUGGAUCUCAUCCUGCCCCCCGAGGUAUGGACGGCCUUCCUCAACUACGGCUACGUGGGCUGCGUGCGGGACCUCUUCAUUGACGGCAAGAGCCGGGACGUCCGGCGCCUGGCAGAGGUGCAGAGCGUGGCCGGCGUCUCCAGCUUUUGCUCCCGGGAGACCCUCAAGCAGUGCAGCAGCUCGCCCUGUCGCAACGGCGGCCUCUGCCGAGAGGGUUGGAACCGCUUCAUCUGCGACUGCGUGGGCACUGGCUACCUGGGACGGCUGUGCGAGAGAGAGGCCACAGUGUUGAGCUACGACGGGAGCAUGUACAUGAAGAUCAUGCUGCCGACGGUCAUGCACACGGAGGCCGAAGACGUGUCUCUCCGCUUCAUGUCCCAGCGCGCCUACGGGUUCAUGAUGGCCACCACUUCCAAAGAGUCGGCCGACACUCUCCGCCUGGAGUUGGAUGGGGGCCAGAUGAAGCUCACGGUCAACCUAGACUGUGUGAGGAUAGGCUGUAACCCUAGUAAAGGCCCCGAGACCCUCUUUGCUGGCCACAAACUCAAUGACAACGAGUGGCACACGGUCCGUGUGGUGCGGCGUGGAAAGAACCUCCAGCUCUCGGUGGACAACGUCACGGUGGAAGCAGGACAGAUGGCGGGGGCCCACACCCGCCUGGAAUUCCACAACAUCGAGACAGGCAUCAUGACGGAGCGCCGGUUCAUCUCGGUGGUGCCUUCCAACUUCAUCGGCCACUUGAGCAGCUUGGUCUUCAACGGGUUGCCCUACAUGGACCUCUGCAAGAACGGGGACAUCAGCUACUGCGAGCUCAACGCCCGCUUCGGCCUGCGCAACAUCAUCGCCGACCCCGUCACCUUCAAGAGCAAAGCCAGCUACCUGGCGCUGGCCACGCUCCAAGCCUACGCCUCGAUGCACCUCUUCUUCCAGUUCAAGACCACGGCCACGGACGGGCUCAUCCUCUUCAACAGCGGCAACGGGAACGACUUCAUCGUGGUGGAGCUCGUCAAGGGGUACAUCCACUACGUUUUUGACCUGGGCAACGGGCCAUCGCUGAUGAAGGGGAACUCCGACAAGCCGGUCAACGAUAAUCAGUGGCACAACGUCAUCGUGUCCCGUGACACCAACAACGUACACACGCUUAAGAUUGACUCCCGCACUGUCACACAGCACUCCAAUGGUGCCCGUAACCUGGAUCUCAAGGGAGAGCUGUACAUCGGGGGCCUGAGCAAAAACAUGUUCAGCAAUUUGCCCAAGCUGGUGGCCUCGCGGGAUGGCUUCCAGGGCUGCUUGGCCUCCGUGGACCUCAACGGCCGACUCCCGGAUCUCAUCGCUGACGCCCUGCACCGGAUCGGGCACGUCGAGAGGGGAUGUGAUGGUCCCAGCACCACCUGCACGGAGGAUUCCUGCGCCAAUCAGGGCGUCUGCCUUCAGCAAUGGGACGGCUACACGUGCGAUUGCACCAUGACCUCGUACGGCGGCCCGGUGUGCAAUGACCCUGGCACGACGUAUAUUUUCGGAAAGGGCGGGGCGCUGAUUACGUACACGUGGCCACCAAACGACCGCCCCAGCACCCGGGCCGACCGCUUGGCCGUGGGCUUCAGCACGCAUCAGAAGAACGCCAUUCUGGUGCGGGUGGACAGUGCCUCUGGGCUCGGAGACUACUUGCAGCUGCAUAUAGACCAGGGGACGGUCGGGGUCAUUUUCAACGUGGGCACAGAUGACAUCACCAUCGAGGAGAGCAACGCCAUGGUGAACGACGGCAAAUACCACGUGGUGCGCUUCACCCGGAGUGGCGGCAACGCGACGCUGCAGGUGGACAACUGGCCCAUCAAUGAACGAUAUCCUGCAGGUCGCCAGUUGACGAUAUUUAACAGCCAGGCCGCCAUCAAGAUCGGAGGCCGGGAUCAAGGCCGACCUUUCCAGGGCCAGAUCUCGGGGCUGUACUACAACGGGCUCAAGGUGCUGUCCCUGGCGGCCGAGAGCGACCCCAACGUGAAGGUGGAGGGGAACCUUCGGCUGGUGGGCGAGGUGCCCUCGGUCAUGACCACAGAGACCACGGCCACCACCCUUCUGGCGGACAUGUCCACCACCAUCAUGGAGACCACCACCACCAUGGCCACGACCACGACGCGGCGUGGCCGUUCUCCCACCAUGCGGGACAGCGUCACACAGAACACAGACGAUCUCCUUGUGGCUUCGGCCGAGUGCCCGAGUGACGACGAAGACCUGGAGGAGUGUGAGCCGAGCACCGUGAACCCAACCGGCCCCGGGGAGCGGGGCCCCCCUGGAGCCGUGGAGGUCAUCCGGGAGUCCAGCAGCACGACCGGCAUGGUGGUGGGAAUCGUGGCCGCCGCAGCCCUCUGUAUCCUCAUCCUGCUGUACGCCAUGUACAAAUACCGUAACCGGGACGAAGGCUCCUACCAGGUGGACCAAAGCCGGAAUUACAUCAGUAACUCGGCGCAAAGCAAUGGCACGGUGGUCAAGGAGAAGCCGGCCGCCGCGGCCAAAACGCCCAGCAAGAGCAAGAAAAACAAAGACAAGGAAUAUUAUGUCUGAGCCCCCCCUCUCUCUCCCUCCCCCCUCGGCCGCCCCCCUCUCCGCCCGCCCCCCCGUCCCUGCGUGGAAACGAGAGAUCGACACCCGGCCGACCCACACAGAGAAAACACACACCCCUCUGACUUUCUGGAGAGGGGAGGACACCCAAAGGCGCAUCCUUUCCUUUCCGGCCGGGGAGACCCUAAGGGGGCGUCCUCCGUCCCCCCCACGUCCGUUUGCUUGUUCCUGUUUUACUUUUCAGCCUUUCCCUGGCAAAAAGUGGGUGGAGGGGAUUGGGAAGCACAGGGUAUAUAUAUAUGGAUAUGGAUAUAAAUAUAUAUGGUGUGUGUGCUUUCCUUUCUUUUUUUCUCA